AUGUCAGUYCCAGUAUUGUCUAAAUACGCUACAUCACUAGAGGGUAAUAUAAAGACUCGURAKWUCCAGAAAAUUGAAGAAAUCGGCAUCGAUCCAGCUACUAUUCCAGAUGAAGAGCUUGAUCCUGAGUGUUUACCGCCAAUAGAGCAGUCAGACRUGUUCUCCUUCUUAGUGUUGGAAACAAGUCAUUAUACUAACGACCAGUUUAAGAACUACAAAAGUCUCGAAGCAUAUAAUCAAGUGGUUUCUGGGUUUGUAGUGUUCGUCAAGGGAAGAAUUGUUUCCGAUAAGUAUACAGUCGUCGCUAAAGUCCGACAUUCACAACGUAUGAACGAUCCUCCCGUUGAUAUCUGGCUUAUUACAGGUAAAGAUGGAAGAAUUUUAUCUGCUCAUUGCCUGGGCUGUAAGGCAGGUCUUGCUGAAUCGUGCUCACACGUUGCUAGUGCUUUAUUUUAUAUCGAAUGUUGGACUCGAAUCAAUGGAAAGUUGGCGUGUACGCAAACGAAAUGCUCGUGGCUUCUUCCAACUUAUGUAAGUCAUGUUAACUAUGCAAGGGCAAAAGAAAUUGAUUUCUCUUCUAAAAAAUUGAAGGAAAAACUUGACAAUAAAAUUGAAACUUUUGAUGGAUUUCCCCAUCAAACUCGAACUGUUGGCGAUUCAGCGAACAAAAACACGACCCCUAGCGUUUCAGCGGAGGAUGUGACAGAAUUUUACAAAAAGCUAAACCAGUGUGAAACAAAGGCUUCAAUAUUAAGUUUAAUUGAUCCAUAUGCCGAUCAAUUUAUUUCAAAGAGUAGAAAUAUACCAGUUCUAACAGAUCUUUACAAGUCUAGUUAUUUGGAUGUGAAAUUUAUCGAGCUUUUACAGAAAUGUUCGGAAGUACAGAUUAACAUUUCCGACGAAGAAAUUGACAUCGURGAACAGGACACACGUAGUCAAGCUAAAGGUGCAGGAUUUUUUAGGCAUCGUGCUGMCAGAAUUGGAGCCUCUGUCUGUGGUGCUGUGUUCCAUGGAAAUCUCGCUCAACCUUCUCAAAGUCUCAUUCACUCAAUCUGCUAUCCUCAUCUGUUUAAAAUAAACAACAAGGCAACAAAACAUGGAUGUAAAUACGAGGAGCAAGCCAUCAAAACGUAUGAACACCAUAUGAAAUCGCUUCAUACUAACUWUGAAAUUAAGAGAUGUGGACUUUUUAUAAACAAAGACUUCCCUUUUAUACAUGCUACACCAGAUUUUUUAGUAUCCUGUGAUUGCUGUGGAUUAGGUUGCGGUGAAGUUAAGUGUCCCAUUUCUGUCACAAACGGUGACUUCAAAGAAUAUAGCUUGAAAGCAAGUUCAUGUCUCGAAAAUGUGAAUGGAAUAUUAAAGUUGAAGAAAUCGCACAACUAUUAUUAUCAAGUACAGCAGCAGUUGUUUACAUUAUCCGAUCGAAAAUAUUGUGACUUUGUUGUAUUUGCCAUUGAUUCUGAUGGGAAUUCYCAUGUUUUAUGUGAUAGAAUAAACCCUGACCCAGGGCACUCGKGCACUGUUAUGAAAAAGCUAGAACAAUUUUGGAGAAUUUGCAUUCUUCCAGAAAUACUUGGAAGAUGGUACACCAGACGGUGUYAUCUACCUGAGAGCAAACUCAAUGAUAAUGCAGUAUGUUUCUGUAGAGGACAGCCKAAUGAUGACGUUGUAUCCUGUGKCAAUACUAACUGUCCAUAUGGCCAAUUCCAUACUAAAUGCCUCUCCUUAGAUAAUGUUACAAUGCCAAAGCAAUGGUACUGCCCUCACUGCUGUAAACAACCACAAUUCAAAAAAGGAGCAAAGGGUAAAGGUGCACAAUCUCAAGUAAACCAAGGUGCUAUGUUAAAACCUACAAUUUGUAUCUGUAAAGAAAAACCAGCCAUGUCAGAUAGACUCGUCGAGUGCCAUAAUGUACACUGCAGCAAUGGGAAUUUUUUCCAUCUGAAAUGCUUGGGAUUGCAAAGAAUGCCGAGAAAUUCCAAAACAACAUGGCUAUGUUACAUAUGUCGAGGAACAAAGGACAGUACAAUGCCUGCUGCUACUAAACCUACCUCUUGUACUUCUUCAAUACCUACAUCACCUGCAACAUCAGACUCGUCAGAUGCUGAUAAUGAUAGUGAUGAUGAAAUAACAAUUACCAAAGUGUCAACUAGUUCUGGUUCUGUUAAUAAGUAUGGUAUUCUGGCUAAAUUAAACAACUCAGACUAUGACAUCAUUAGUGAUCCAGCUGGAUGGCUUACCGGUGACAUAAUCCAAUGUGCUCAAGUCCUGCUAAAGGAAGUUAACCCAGCAAUCGAAGGCUUUCAGCGACCAACUCUUGGGAGAGUCAGAAACUUUGACAUAGUGUCAAGUGAAUUUAUACAGAUUCUACACACUGGAGGAAAUCACUGGGUCUGUGUAAGCUCGCUGGGAUGUCAACCUGGAUAUGUUAACUUGUAUGACAGUUUGUACAGUGAUGUAAUUAGUCAAGAAGUAGAAGAUCAGACCAAUGACCUCAUGGGUGGAAAUUUAAUUAGUUUAGAUUUUGUUCCUGUCCAGCAACAGAACAAUGGUAGUGACUGUGGGGUCUUCUCCAUUGCAUUUGCAACAUGUUUGUCUUUUGCAACUAACCCAAGUSACUUUACUUUUGACAUUCCCAGAAUGCGGCCACACUUACUAUCAUGUCUCAAAGAUAGGAAAAURAGUAUGUUUCCAUCCUUUUAAUUUCUUGAUAAAUUUAGUGAAAUAUAGUGCAAACAUUGUGG